AUGGCCGUCACUGUGGAGGUGGUCGCGGUCAGCGGCACAGUUAUUUUCGCUGGCUCUUUGCCGGGAUGCUUUACUGUGCGAGAGCUCAAAGCAAAGUUGGGACAAGUCGAGGAGCAGCGGCUGCUUCACGGCACGCGGGCUCUGGACGAUGCCGAGCUACUCCAGGCUUUGGCAUCCGAUGAGGCUCUUCGUCUGGUUUGUGUUCGAACUCUUCGACGUCUAGCUCUCAGCGGCGGAAGCGACCGAAGGCUCCGCCUUUGGGAUCUGGACCGUGGUCAGGCUGAUUGCGACUUGGUGGGGCACACGUCGGCUAUCCUUUGCAUAUCCGUGCAUUGGCCUUCGCAACGGGCACUCACGGGCAGCAGGGACCGCUCUGUACAGCUGUGGCGAUUGACUGGCGAGUGCUUGCUGGAGAUGCGUGGGCAUCUGGACGCGGUUCAGUGCCUGUCGGCAGACUGGGAGACAAAUGUUGCUUUGUCGGCCAGCCUGGAUCAAACGCUCCUGCUUUGGGACCUGGACACCGGCGAGAUCUUGCAGGAGUUGAUGGACCAUGCAAGCCCUGCUGUCAGCCUUGACGUGGAUUGGGUCGGCCGACAGGCCCUGGCCGGUGCCAUGGAUGGGUCCUUGCAGCUUUGGGACCUGCGAAGCACAGCUGCUGAACGCAGGAACGGCCACCACGCAGAGCUGCGCUUCCUGCGAGCAAACUGGAACGACCUUCAAGCCGUGAGUGGAGAUCUCACUGGCUGUGUCGUCUUGUGGGAUCUCGCUCCGCUUGAAGCUCUGCGGCUUUGUUCACCCGAUGGCCCAGCCAUCACCUGCAUGUCGGUGAACCCUGACAUGCUGGAGGUUGCAGCUGGGGGUAUUGAUGGGACCCUCCACCUCUGGGGCUGCAGAGACGCUCGGAUGCGCAAAGCGAUCCAAGCACAUAGCUCUGCAGUUUGCGUGCUGGAAGUCGACUGGGCUGGGCGAAGUGCCUUGACAUCCAGUGACGAUGGCAGGCUGUGUUUUUGGAAUUUGAUUCUGGGGAGCUGCCUUCGUGUCCUCCGUGGACAUUUAGAAGCAGUGAGCUGCCUUGUAGUGAACUGGCCGUCGGCCAUCGCCAUCAGCGCUGCUGCAGAUUGCACCCUGCGACUCUGGGAUAUCGGAAGAGGCCUCUGUCUGCGCUGCCUCCCGAACCACAGAAUUACGGCUCUGGAGGUGGAUUGGGAACAGCAGCGAGUCCUUGCUGUAGGGGCAGACCCGGUGCUUCGUGUUCGCGAUGUCUUCCGCCGUGGCGUUUGCGUCAAGGAAUUGCCAGAGUAUGAUCGGACUGUCUUCUGUAUGGCGAUUGAUUGGACUUCCAUGCACGCAUUGACCGGUGGUGAUGAUUGUCUACUGAUCCUGUGGGAUCUUCAUGCAUCAAAGGUGCUGCGAAGAUUUCAAGGACACCAUCAUGCAGUUUGCUGUGUUGAAGCAGAUUGGAAUGGCCGACGUUGCCUCAGCGGAAGUUGCGAUUGCCUGCUUCUUUGGAACCUGGACACUGCAGAGGUGCUAUUGCAAUUGGCUGGUCAUGAUGGCGGUGCACGCUGUUGCCUGGCGACUUAA